AUGCCCUCAAACGUCACAGACACCUCAUCAACCAAGACCAUGGAAGAACAUGAGGGACCAUCCACCUCCACUCCAUCAGAGGAAAACAAAGAUGAGGAUGACGAUACUGGAGUGGAGUACACCCUGCAGGAGAAUUUCUUCACCUCGGCAAACCCAACGACCGAUAGGCACAGGUGGUUGAUAGCCUUUUACAACCACCUCAACCUGCCCGAUGGUGAAAGGAAGGCAAGGAAUAGACUGCAGCAUGCAGCACACAUCAAAACUAUCCUGGAAGACCUAGAUCCACAUGGUUCAGACCUAGAGGUGUUGUCCCGAGGUGAAGGCUAUAUAGUCUGGACAGACUGGGUAGACCUAAAAAUGCACAUCCUAAAAACAGGCACCAUCAAUGCGUACCUUGGCAUGUAUCAAAAAUUCCUGACUUUUGUGGUAGAGGAGCGAGUGGCACGAAACGAGUUUUUUUGCAACGUGAUACCGAAGUUGAAAGGUUGGCGAAGAACUGUCGACAUCGAUCUGUGUCCCCAAAGAACACAGCACAUCCUUGACGAAUGCGACAAUCGCCUCACCAGUGACGAUGUGGAAAAUUUCUGCCAGACCAAACAAGUUCGUGAGGCAAAGGUUAUUUUGGAGAGCGCCACAGAGUCCCAAUUUCUAAGCGAACGUCAGCUGACUGAUGCGAGGGAUUACCUAAUCACGCUAAUAACAUUUAAGACAGGCAGAACUGCUGUAUGUGUUAUUACCAAUCAAUGCGCGAGGACCCCAAACGUGGUCAUUACGUGA